GUUUCUUGUGCUGCCCCGAAAACCAGCCCCGAGAGCUGGGUUUCAGCCCGUGUUACUUCCACCCGAAGCCGCCGGCCCGGCCCGGCGGCGGGGAAGGAUGCUGUUCGCUGAGGAGGCCUGAGCGGUUCUCGCCGUGCCUUGACGCCUCCAGGUCUCCACAGCACAAGGCGGCUGGCGGCUCCGGCAGCAGCUGAAUGCCCACCCAGCUUCGGUCACUUGGUCACUUUCGUAGGUGAGGCUAUCUAAGAUGGUCAGAACUUACUCUGUUGAGAUAGCUUACGAGCUGCCCACCGCCUGGGACUGGGUGCGUGCCCCUGGUCUGCUAGGGAUGCGGGAAAGCAGGGUUGCUUGAAGCCCCUGCAUAGCUUGCGGCUGACAGCACUGCGAGGCUGGUGGGUCCUGGCCAGCACUGUCAGCUUUCCCCCGUGACGCUGCUAACGAGAGUGAACGGUGAAAACGAAGGCAAAUCCAGCAGGCUUGAUGGGAUGCUGCUGUUCAAGAGCGCAGUGGGCGAAGGAGGAAAGCUCCCAAAAGAAACAAGCGGGAGUCCGGUGCCGUUUGAGAGAGCAACACUGAUGGAGGGGACCUCUGGGACUCUGCUUAGCAAAAGCAGAGCAGCGUGAUAGUGAGCUCUGCAAGCAGGUAGGGACACCUGGGCUGGUUCUUUGGUCUCCUGCAGGAGGGGGACUUUGGAGAAUUAAUUGCAGUUUUGGAAGUUUUUCCCAUUUUUAAACCUGACUCAAUUGGCAAAAUGCCUGCACCAGUUCCAGAACUGUGGAACUACAUCCCAGAAGAAAUCCUCAUCCAAAUUUUCUAUUAUCUUUCUCUUCGAGAUAGAUACACGGUCUUCCAGGUGUGCAGACAGUGGGCUACAGCUGUUUCUUCUAGCUCUGUUUGGCAUUUCACAGAGAUCAGCUGUGAUUCAGAGGAUGAGGAAGGCAUGCUGCAGAGCCUGCUCCAGUUCCUCAGCCAAAUCAAACACCUGAAAAUUGUGUUUGACCAGUCCAAGGAGGUCAACCGGAAGAACGUGACACGCAUCUUGGAUAUGUUGGCAAAACAGAACCACAAGCUGCAGCAGCUGUGCAUUGUGUGCCAUGGGGAGAAUCCCUAUUUCUACUCUGGCCAGGACAUCCUACAGAGCAUACGGAAUAUAUGUGAUGCUAAAAACCAGAUAGAUCUUCAGCAUAUUGAUUUUCGAAAAAUGCCCUUCACUCUCGAUGGUGAGCUUGUCGAACUCUUAGCUACCACCAACCCAAACUUGCACAGUUUGUUCAUCAACAACCGCACCCUGGUGUGUAACGUGGCACCAGACACCAUUAGGAAGGUUCUCAGAGCGUGUCCCAAGCUCUCAGCCUUGGGGGUUUACUAUGCCAGUUUGUCUGACGAUGUAUUUCAGGAACUGCUCAAGCCCGAAAGAGCAGCUUUUACCCAUUUAGACAUUUUCUGUGAGCGCCUGGACAAAUAUAUACCGGUCAUCUCAGAAGAGCUCUGGGCUGCUGUAAGUCAAAAGCAUCCUCAACUCUGUGUAGACCUAGAGUUUGAUCAUACGGUCCCUGCCUGCAAAAUACCGCGGAUCCUAAAGCUGAAUAUACCUGUGAGCACGCUGCAGCUUAAUACCUAUAAUUACAUGGUCAGUCAGAUUAGGUUUGUCACCCAGAGCUACAGCAGUACUUUAAAGAAGCUGACACUGCAAACCACAUCCUCGGAGGACUUAAAUUCCUCGCUAGUAGAUUUGGCUAGGCAUUGCAGAAAUCUGUUGGAGAUCCACUGCUACUGUGUGGUCAGCCAGGAGGUGGUAGAAGCGUUCCUCACGCACUGCCCCAGUCUGAAACAAUACACUCUGAAGGUCACCAAGGAACGGCACCCCUGGAAACCAGUAACAGUCCAGUGACCAGCUCCUACUGACUUCCUGGGGAAAUCAUGGGGAUCUGCAAGAGGACACGGAAAGAAGAUUUAGGGCUGUAAGGAAAAUGCUGCCAAAUGCCCUCUGCGCUCACUGAGAACGUGCUGUUUCACCAGCACUGGCAGUUACAUAUGAUGCAUACCUGAUCUACAGGCCAAGCAUUUACACUCAAAUGUGAUAGAGAAAAAGUUAUACAGAGAAAUACAAUUGGCCACCUUUUCUUUUUUUUUUGUCUUUUUUUUCUUUAUGGGGGUAUGUAGGGCAGGUCUUUUUUCUUCUCUGCUUCUUUAUUUAGCAGGAAUGCCCAGUUUACCCUUUGCAGGUUUUUACUUAGGACCUCAGUGGAAUUUAAUUUUGAUUUUACAUUUUAAAAGAAUCUCAAAGUCAAGCGCGUUGUGUCAGCACCUACGUGUUGCCCAGCAACUACUUAAAUAGGCAGUUAAGGAAGUGGCAGCUUCAAUGCAGCCAUUUUAUGCCCAGUGGGAUACUUAGCCGUGCAGAUUCAGUGAGCUAUAGCAAUGAACUGUGGUCAUCUGAUGGAAAAUUCCCUCUAACCUUGAUAAUGCCUCUUCUGGCAUUUCAGUGAUGGUAAGCUUACCCCUUAUCCAGUCGUCAGGUAACUUCCAGCUUGGAGGGAUAUAACGGGAGCUGAAUUAUGUUAGAAAAUACAAGCAGGAGAAAAAGCACUUAAGGAAAAAUAUUCACCAGGUAGUAAUAAAAGGCAUGUGGCCUGCAAAUCUCUGUGUGCAUCUUGUCUUUCUUUUGCUCAGGAAUGCAGGUUUCCAGGUUAUAAUUUGAAUGCCUUUUGGAAAGACCUUUGCUUUUAUUACAUUUUAAGUGUUUGUUAGGAGAGUCAAGAGUGUUGACAGUUUUUGCAUCUGCUUUCUGCAUUCACAUGCAAGUUACCUUGCAUCUGAAUUAGGAUAUGUGUGUGUUGGUCUGUUGUACCAAAGGUUUUGGUGAAUGUUAUUUGAAGAGCAGUUUCUGAGUUGAAAUGAUCCUGGCAUAAAGCUACACUGUGAGCACCUAUUUAGAGCUACCUAAAGCAUUAAUAAUAAUAAUAAUAAUAAUAAAGCAUAUUGUAAUCUA